AAUAAACAAAAGAAAAUGUGUUUGGUAUUGUUGUGUGGUAAAGAAGAGAGGGUUUUGGGAAGAAUGCAAGCUCCUGGGUUUUGUCCGCACUGUAGGGGCAAAGUGGAGGCCGUCGAUGUUGAGAGACGAUGGAGGUUAUGUUUCUUGCCCAUUUGCUUCAAGGUCAAGAGAAAUUAUUCAUGCACCAUAUGUGCCAGGCGUUUGGUCUUGUAUUACUAGAUUUUUUUGCUAUUUUCUUCGGAUCAGAUCUCAAUUCUUUCAUGUUUAUAAAACAUUUUUUUUUUCUUUUUGAGGAGAAUGUAAAAAAAUUCAAAGCAUUUCAAUGGAUGCUGCUGAUAACUGUAUAUGCUCUUCUCCCUGAAGAAAUGCAACAUUUUCU